AUCGUAAAGAACAAAUCAAUUGGAGCUAUAUUGAAUUUAUAGACAAUCAAGAUGUUUUGGAUCUGAUUGAGAAGAAGCCUAUAGGGAUAAUUGCACUUUUGGAUGAAGCUUGCAUGUUUCCCAAAUCAACACAUGAAACUCUUUCAAACAAGCUGUUCCAGAAUUUCCGGAUCCACCCAAGAUUGGAAAGGGCAAAAUUUUCUGAGACAGAUUUUAUCAUCUCCCACUAUGCUGGCAAGGUCAUGUAUACGACAGAUACAUUCCUAGAAAAAAAUCGUGAUUAUAUUGUGGUUGAACACUGCAAUUUAUUGGCGUCUUCUAAGUGCUCCUUUGUUGCUGGUCUCUUUCCUUCAUUACCGGAUGAAUCUUCAAGAUCAUCUUACAAGUUUUCCUCGGUGGCCUCUCGAUUUAAGCAACAACUUCAAGCUCUCAUGGAAACCCUCAGUUCAACAGAGCCUCAUUAUAUUCGCUGUGUGAAGCCAAAUUCCUUGAACCGGCCUCAGAAGUUUGAAAGCCAAAGUAUCUUACACCAGUUACGUUGUGGGGGUGUUUUGGAGGCUGUUCGGAUAAGUCUGGCUGGUUAUCCAACUCGGAAAACUUAUAAUGAGUUUGUAGAUCGGUUUGGCUUAAUUGCUUUGGAAAUUAUAGAUGGAAGGUCAAGUACAUUUCAUUUCCUUGGUUUAAUAUUCAUAGGCGAGAAGCGGACGAGCUUAUCUCGCCUGGAGGACCCCAGGCGAAGUGAAUGCUCAUUUAUUUCCCCUAUCUUAUGUGCUUACAGUUGUGAUGAAAAAACCAUGACGGAGAAGAUUUUGCAGAAAUUAAAGCUGGAAAAUUUUCAGUUGGGAAGGACAAAAGUUUUUCUUAGAGCGGGUCGAUUGCGGACAUUUUUUGCACGCAAGGAUUUUAUCUCAUAUCGUUUAUCGGCAAUUUCUCUACAAGCAUACUGCAGAGGACAUCUUGCUCGAGUUACUUAUACAUCAAUGCGAGAGGCAGCAGCUGCGACUUCGGUACAGAAAUAUGUACGAAGAUGGCUAUUAAGGCAUGCCUAUAUGCAGCUUUAUGGUUCUACUGUACUUAUCCAGUCCAGUAUUCGUGGUUUCUCAACCCGUCAGAGAUUUCUGCAUAGAAAGGAACAUAGAGCUGCUACUCUGAUUCAGCGUCUUGAGUAA